AUGCUGGCUACCAGUCGGGUAAUAGGGCGAAGGUGUGUAUACCACACGGCUUUGACAGCUCCGAAUCCAGGCUCAUCACUUCUGCCGCUCUCAACAGCAAUCUGUCAACCCUUUUCAACCUCUCGGAAUCGCCCGUCGCAAAUCGGACGCGUGCCGCUCACUAUUCCACCUGACGUAAAGUUCUUACUUGUCCAACCCCCAAAAUCCAAAUACGGCUCAGUAUCACCAUUGCUAGCACAACGAAAAGUUCAGGUCGAGGGACCGCUUGGAAAGCUAGCAUUGUCUAUACCUGCUUUCGUCAAUGUCGACUAUGACGAGAGUACACGAAAAGCAAGCGUUAGUGUGAAAAAUAAAGAUAUCAAGAAGCAACGGGAAAUGUGGGGCACCAUCCGCGUAUACCUUCAUAAUCACAUUCUCGGAGUUUCUGAGGGCCACACAACAAUUCUACGUCUGGUUGGAGUGGGAUACCGAGCAACUAUUGAAGAUAACGCAACUACAGUCGAACGCGAAUUUGAAGGGCAAAAGUUCGUGUCGCUCAAAGUAGGCUAUUCUCAUCCAAUUGAACUUCCGAUACCAAGAGAUGUUAAGGCAUCGGUACCCCAACCGACCAGAAUACUACUGGAAGGGCCAGACAAGGAGAGUGUUUCACAGCUUGCGGCAAAGAUAAGAAUGUGGAGGAAGCCAGAACCAUACAAAGGAAAGGGCAUAUUUGUUAACGGGGAAACAAUUAAACUCAAAUCUAAGAAGAUUAAAUAG